AUGUGGAUGAUGCUUGCCACCAUAGCCUUGAGCCGGAACCGCCGCACAGACACACAUCCUGGCAAGCCUGUGGACCGCUGCGCCCCAACGCUUCACACUAACGCGCGACCGUCCGUGGUGGCCGUCCCCUCUUUGCAAAUCUUCCUCGCCGUCAUCGCAUUGCACAGCUUUCGUUAUUACGAACUGUAA